UCCUCAAUCAAAGUGGCGGCGAGGAACCCGGCGGUCUUGGCGGUAGGGGGCACCGUCAGACGUACAUCCUCCCUUCGGAAUGUCUCUAAGAGAAACAAAGGCUCCGGGACAAUCCGAAGAACCAGCAGUUUCAGUCUGCUUGCGAGACCCAGUAAACCAGGAGAUCGGCUGUCAGUGGAAACUUUACAAGCAUUGUCUCCCUUUGACGUAACAGGAAAUGACGUAGUAUCAGAGGCUGCGCGAGCGCUACUCCUAAAUAAAGUCAAAAUGGAAAAGCACGUACAUGACAUUUUCUUUCCUCAUGAGAAAAGUGAUCCACGAUUAGAAAACUUUGACACCCGAGGAUUUCCGGUAGACAAACUCGGAACCGCUCUUGUAGCACAGGCUAUUUCCAAUAACAAGGACGAUCACAAGUUUCACUCUAUGAUCGACAAGCGCGGCUUAGCGGACGUUCUAGAAGAACUAUAUAACAGCAUACAGUGGAAGAAAAUAGGGUUCUGCCUCUACACACUACUGUAUCCGGAUGAACUCAGGAACGACGUCCUAGGAAUUUGUCUGAGGGACUUCAUCGAAGACAGAGGCCAUGUUUGGGCGGAGAAACUGCUUUCAUACAUCAUGGAACCUCGAUGGACAGCGAUGUGGCAAUAUAAAAUUGUGCGAGGUCAAGCUUCGGAAGAGGAGUAUAAUCGAGAGAUGAACGCCCUUUUUGUCAAACUACAUCUACUAGACCCACAGUCCGUCAUACCCGCCUACCAGUUCCUACUCAACCAGAGAGCUUUACCAACAGUGAACUUAGAGUUAGCCACCCGGAACUACCUCGGGGAUGCUAUCGAUUGUGCGGAAGUAGAAGAGGAUGUUUCGGACGCCAUUACGAGGUCAAGCAUGCCUCUAAAUGUUUCAAGACUAAGUCUAUCGGAAAUUGAAAUAUUUUACGGUGUAGAAGUGGACGAAUUUAUUGUGACUUCGUGUCGUAAUAUUGGGGUGUGGAGCGGAAACAGGGCGGACAAUAGCCGAACAUCAAAACCACGUGACAGAUGUUGUGUCAUGUGAUUUCUUCUAAAAUGUGAUAAAUCGUAUAACCUCGACUGAUUCCGGUACUAUCCGUCAAUGCUCGACGUGGUUACGGAAUCUAUUAUGACGAUCAACAACCUGGUUUUCACAGAUCUCCCAUACUUCCACACGGAACUGAAGUAUUUGUUAUUUUAUCACUCUACGCUUUUCAGUUUGAUAUAUGAUGUCAAAAUCUUCCAAUUUGUUUUGUAAUGUAUAUAUAGCACAUACAUAGAGACACGGUGAAAAAGUCACGUGACUGGACACGUGAAGUUUAAAUUGAGUCAUAUGACCUGUUUAAGUAUUACACGUUCGUUUGAAAUACAUCUGAUUUGCAAUAUAGUCAUUUUAAAGAAAUAAAUCGGAGCAACUUUA